UUUAGAAAUGCAGGAGAGGGGCUAGGGACUGAGCAGGGGUGUGGGGGGGAGGUGAGGCGGUUGUAAAGCCAUCUGUUCCUAUCCGUGGGGUUGGAGCUGUUCCGUAUCUCAACCACAGUGGUGUUUAUGAACCCACACACGUGACAAGAUAGUGUAGAACUUACACACCCACGCAAAUGAAGUACAUGUGAAGGCGGGGAGGAAUCCGAAUCGAAAUCUGAAAAUCUGUGGAUUGCACCAUUGGGGGAAAUUGGGCAGCAUACAGGGGAUCUCUGUAUUAUUUCUUCAACUGCAUGUGAGUCUAUAAGUUAUGUCAAAAAUUCCAGUUGAAAAAAGGUAUGGUGGGGAGCGCCCGGGUGGCUUAGCCGGUUAAGCGUCUGACUCUUAGUUUUGGCUCAAGUCAUGAUCUCAGAGUCUGAGAUGGAGCCCUCCGCUGGGCUCUGCACUGGGGGUGGAGCCUGCUUAAGAUUCUCUCUCUCCCUCUGCCCCUCCCCCUUCACUUGCGCAAGAAGCUCUCUUGCUUGCUCUCUCUCCCUCCCUCUCUAAAAAAAAAAUAAUAAUCCAAUUGAGAAAGGGUACGGGGAAUUUACUGGAAAGAAGACUAAUCUUGGAGUAACAAACCUUUCACCUACAGCCUGAUAAAACCAAUUAAUUAAUUAAGGACGUGCCCAGAAGUUAGUCUCCUCCGACCUUUAGCCAAGAAUUUCCCUAACACAGCAAGACAAUACAGGGGACAGAAGGAGCUAUGGGGGACAAUUCAGGGGCCAGGAAGGAUGCCUCCCAAGGCGAUACCUCUCCCCAGAUUUAGAGGACAGCCAGGUCAGUGUGCUUGGCGAGCUGCUUGAGCAGAGGGGGGCUGGGCAGGGAGACACUGGUGGCCAGGACAGUCGCCCUGGUUUUGGGGACCAAAUACACGGCUCAGGUGGUGAGGAGGCCAGAGCGCAGAAUGGAGCUACAUGGUCCGCUGGGGUGGGCGGAGCCGGGAGGAAGGUUUUUCUUCUUGGAAUAUUUUAAAAAUUGUGGUGAAAAGCACCACAUAAAAGUUACCAUCUGUGCAUUUGACAACUUCAGAUGCCUAGUCUAAGUAAAGUCACCCAGCGUUUGUGCUUCUGCCACUUAGCAUCAUGUCCUCAGGGUUCAUCCGUGGUGUACCGUGUGACAGGAUGCUCUCCCUUUUUAAGGCUGAAUAAUAUUCCAUUACGUGGAUGGACGGCAUCUUGUUUAUAGAUUCACCUGGUGAUGGACACUUGAGUUGCUUGGCCCUUUUGGCUACUGUGAACAAUGCUAUCAACAUGAGGGUGCAAAUAUCUCUUCUAGACCUUGCUUUGAAUUCUUUUGGAUAGACACCCAGAAAGUGCGAUGGCAGGAUUGGAGGAAGGCUUGUGAACCAGCCUGGCUACUGAAACCUCUUAGCCCCCUAACAGACGUUGCACCUGCGGGUAUGCAUGGCCCCUGGAGAGAAAAGACUCGCCCUGGGUUCUAUCUACGUGUCCAAGGGAGCAGAGAUCAAGCUCAUGUACACUGGGUCCCACCCCUCUCUGCCCCACAUGCACGCACACACGCGCACGCACGCGCACACCUACCCCACGAGGCCGACCCGGCUCUCAGUAUUCAAACACACAGACGAGGUUCCGCUCUGUCACCACCAGUCCCACCCUUUUCCACAGCACAAGAAGUCUGGGUCCAGGCUCCUGGGCGCGCUCUGAGCCCAACCCCUUCCCCACCUGCCCACGCCAAGCCCGGUCAGAAGGACCAGGCACCACAUGCCUCCUUUCCCCUUCUCUCGGGGCCUCAGAGCAUCAGGAAGCCAGACCCAGGCCCCUGGCCCAGGCUGCGUGUGUCCCACCCAGACGGAGCCUGCCCAAAGCUGGCUUUCAGCACUGAAAAAACGAGCUGAACGUAGGAGUAACGGUUCUCCCACCAGACUGUGAGCAAAGGGUUGGGACUGGCCCCUACGGGGACACGGCAAAUGCUCCUUCCCCAAAGGGGACGUGCCCCCCCAAUUCCCCGCGCUCCCUUGGGGUGACAGCUGGGAUUAUCCUGUGCUGGACAGACCUGCCCUCUCCAGGCCCCCUGCCCUGGGGCUCGCUCGGCCACACCCUGCCACUUCCCUUCUGCCCACAGGACUUCAAGUCACAGGGCAGGGCGGGGCCCGGGUGGCCACCGGGGGCAAGGGGAGGGACCCCGAGCCUUUUACAGCCCGGGGCCAAAGUCCUGGCCGGACCGAAGCCCCAGCGGCUCGUAGGGCAGCUGGUGCCCACGUUCUGGCGCCCCCGGGGCCCCAGCCUGCCCGGAGUCCUGGCCUCGCCGCCCCCCCGCCCUCCGACAGGCAUGCAGGGGCCCUGCCUGCUGCUGCUGCUGGGCCUGAGGCCGUGGCUGGCCCUUGGCGUCAUCCCAGUUGAGGAGCAGGACCCAGCCUUCUGGAACCGCCAGGCGGCCCAGGCCCUGGACGCUGCGAAGAAGCUGCAGCCCAUCCAGACGGCUGCUAAGAACCUCAUUCUCUUCUUGGGGGACGGGAUGGGGGUGCCCACAGUGACAGCCACUCGGAUCCUAAAGGGGCAAAUUAAUUACCAUCUGGGACCUGAGACACCCCUGGCCAUGGACCACUUUCCGUACCUGGCUCUGUCCAAGACAUACAACGUGGACAGACAGGUGCCAGACAGCGCAGGCACAGCCACGGCCUACCUGUGCGGGGUCAAGGCCAACUACCAGACCAUCGGCGUGAGCGCAGCCGCCCGCUUGAACCAGUGUAACACGACGCGUGGCAAUGAGGUCACUUCCGUGAUGAACCGGGCCAAGAAAGCAGGGAAGUCGGUGGGGGUGGUGACCACUACGAGAGUGCAGCAUGCCUCGCCAGCAGGCUCCUACGCACACGUAGUGAACCGCAACUGGUACUCGGACGCCGACAUGCCUGCCAAGGCGCGGGAGGAGGGAUGCCAGGACAUCGCCCAGCAGCUCAUCUCCAACAUGGACAUUAAUGUGAUCCUGGGCGGAGGCCGAAAGUACAUGUUCCCCAAGGGGACUCCAGACCCUGAGUAUCCAAGUGACGCCAAACAGAACGGAGUCAGGUUGGAUGGGCGGAACUUGGUGCACGAGUGGCAGGCCAAGUACCAGGGUGCCCAGUAUGUGUGGAAUCGCAAGGCGCUCCUGGAAGCAUCCCAGGACCCCUCUGUAACACACCUCAUGGGCCUCUUUGAGCCAGGAGACACCAAAUACGAGUUCCACCGAAACCAGACCCAGGACCCAUCCCUGAUGGAGAUGACAGAGGUGGCCGUGCGCGUGCUGAGCAGGAACCCCCGUGGCUUCUACCUCUUCGUGGAGGGAGGCCGCAUCGACCACGGUCAUCACGACGGCACGGCUUAUCUGGCACUGACCGAGGCCGUCAUGUUCGAUUCUGCCAUCGACAAGGCCAGCCAGAUCACAAGCGAGAAGGACACCCUGACCCUUGUCACCGCUGACCACUCUCACGUCUUCUCUUUUGGUGGCUACACACUGCGAGGGAGCUCCAUUUUCGGGCUGGCCCCCAGCAUAGCCCAAGACAACAAGACCUACACCUCCAUCCUUUACGGCAACGGCCCCGGCGCCAGCUUCGCGCUCACCGGGAACUCCCGGCCCAACGUCAACGACAGCCAGAGCACGGACCCCGCAUACAAGCAGCAGGCCGUGGCGCCCCUGCUCUCCGAGACCCACGGCGGCGAGGACGUGGCGGUGUUCGCGCGCGGCCCGCAGGCGCACCUGGUGCACGGCGUGCAGGAGCAGACCUUCGUGGCCCACGUCAUGGCCUUCGCCGCCUGCCUCGAGCCCUACACCGACUGCGGCCUGCAGCCCUCGGCCUCCCCCACCGACGCCGCGCUCCCCGGCCCGGCCGCUGCGCCGCCGUCGCUGCCGCUGCUGGCCGGGGCGCUGCUGCUGGGGCUGCUGGCGGGCGCCGCGCCCUGA